CUCUGCCCUUCUUCGUCAUCGACCCUGAAGAGCCUCACGUUUUCGCACUGUGACCUCCGAUUUUACAUAGAAUUCAUUUAAUUUCCCCCUAAAUAAUAAUAUUAUUCACCAAGAUCCCGUUUGUGGUUGCUCUCUUCCCGGACUGUAGUCGGUGUUUUUCCGGGCUCACACGGGGUACCGCAGAGGAGCACACAGUAGGAACAUGUCCGGGAUCGAGGAGCUGUCCCCGGCUGCGGGCCCGGUGUCUACUCGGCCCCCGGAGGACGAGAUUGAUGACGACGAAGAUGAAGACUUGGAUGAGACUUUGGCAGAGAGGUUGUGGGGCCUUACAGAGAUGUUCCCAGACACAGUGCGGACUGCAGCUGAGGUGUCUGCGCAUUGCUCCGUCUCACUGGCCAAGAAGCUUUAUAGUUUUUCCCGUGCUGCGCUGUGGGUGGGCACCACGUCCUUCAUGAUCCUGGUGCUGCCGGUUGUGUUUGAGACAGAACGACUACAGCUGGAGCAGCAGCAGCUUCAGCAGCAGAGACAGAUUUUACUGGGACCCAACACAGGGAUGUCUGGAGGAAUGUCCGGGAUGAUGCCUGCAGCUCCGAGCAAAAUCUAAGUGCGUCCUGGGCCCUACAUGGACCUGAGAUCUGCUGCUAAUUCUGGGCCACGGAGCUGGUCACAAGGAGAGACAGGGAGACCAGGGAGAACGGAAGAGCUGCACUACACAGGAUCAAGAUGAAGUGAAUCCUUUGGGCUAAUCUCUAAUUUAAUCUGAAGGAGAAAGAACGUGUUCUUCUGUAUCUUACUGUCUCUCCUCAAGUCAACAUUAUGCAGAGACUGAUUUCAAGGAGCACUGCUUCACGGUUUUGUCUUUUUUUUUUUUUUUUUUUUUUUU